UAGGACGCAUGCGCUCCUUUUCUGUCACUCGGCUAAACGGUGGUAGGGGAAAUCUACUGUGUUGGGGGCACGACAGCAUAUGAGGUGUAUUAUCUUAUAAUGUUAUAGUGAUCGGAACCUCCUUCAGUUCCUUGAAACUACGACGCUAAGGGAGUAACGACCACAAUGCUGCGUGUCUGUUUGAAAGGGGCAAAUGCAGCAGCUCGGCAAUGUCUCUGUGGGAAAGUGGCCGCCCACCCCUUGCAGCACUGUCGUCGGUACACCUCAGCAGGAGACUCCGGAGUAUCUGCAGGCAAAAUUGUGGCUGCCAGCCUUCUCACAGUGGGCGGUGGGCUUGGUGGCACAAUCCUCUAUGCCAAUUGGGACCCCAAAUUCCGGUCCAAUGUGGAGAAAACGGUUCCUUAUUCUGACCAGGUGUUUGGGAUGACCAUAGGUCCCCCUCCACCUCCACCUGUCAUCCCUAUUCCAAAGAAACCGGCAAAAGUAGAACCCCUGCAGAUCUCUUCGGUGUCUGAAGCCACUAAGGAAUCAAAGCAGCCGAAGAAGGAGAAGAAGGCCAAGGAGGCUGCCGCCCCUGAGAAGCCUCCUGCGGUGGAGGAGGCCGCGGCCCCCUCUCCUCCUCCUCCACCACCUCCACAAACAAUUGAGGAGGCCUCCGCCGAGGCGGCCCACAUCCUCUCUGCCAUCGGCGAGGUGCCCUCUGUGCCCGCCCCGGGCACCAGCGACCAGACUCCGGCCGAGGCAGCGCCACCCGCUGCCCCUCCAGCAGAGGCUGCAGCAGGGGAAUGUCACGAGUGUGCACAUCAUGAGCCUGCACUGAAAGAACGGCCAGCAGAGGAGGUGACCGCACUCCUGGCUGCAAAGGAUAAGGCAGAGCAAGACACCCUGGCCUCUCUCUCCAGCACUCUGGACGAGACUCUGGGCAGCUCCGCUAAUGUCACGAUGGCCGCCAUCGGAGCCCAGGAGGCGGCUCUCUCGGCAAUCGCCGUCCACACCCAGAAGCUGAAGGAGGCCAUGGAUGCAGAGGGCGCCCCGGAUAAGAAGUCUGCCCAGUGGAGGGCGCUAGAGGAGGCCCUGGACCAACGCAGCCGGUCUGUGGACGAGGCAGGAGCCGCCCUCCUCAGAGCCAAAGAUGAGCUGGAGAAGCUGAAAGCAGUGAUCAAUGCUGCCAAGGACUCCAAAAUCGACGCAGCACGACCCCAGGUGUUGGCCGCGGAGGAGAAUCUGCACAACAUGAUUGUAGACCUGGACAAAGUGGUGGGCAAGGUCCAGGCUGCCCAGUCGGAGGCAAAGAUCGUCUCCCAGUACAGCGAGCUGGUGAACGAAGCCAAGGAGCAGUUCCAGAAGGAGCUGGACAGCAUCACACCAGAGAUUAAAGCCAGCUGGAAAGGACUUGCAGGCAAGCUGAGCACGGACGACCUGAACUCUCUGAUCGCGCACGCGCACCGCCGCAUCGACCAGCUGAACCGCGAGCUGGCGGAGCAGCGCGUGCGCGAGCAGAUCCACAUCGAGACGGCGCUGGAGCAGCAGAAGCUGGAGCACCAGAAGGCCCUGGAGCAGGCCGUGGUCACCGCCCUCGAGCACAACCGCGAGGAGAUGCGCCUGGAGCAGCAGAAGAAGGUGGAGGAGGUGCGUGAGGUGAUGGAGGCAGAGAUGCGCACGCAGCUGCGUAGGCAAGCGGCCGCACACACAGACCAUCUGCGCGACGUGCUCAAGGUGCAGGAACAGGAGCUGCGCUCGGAGGCCGAUGAGACCCUGAAGAAUAAGAUGCAGGAGCAGGAGACACACUACCGGCGAAUGACCCAGGAGCAACUGGACGCCUUCACCCUGGACAUGAACGCAGCCUACGCCAGACUCAAGGGCAUGGAGGAGUCCAUCGACAGUCAUGUGAUCGCUGAGGAGGAGGCUCGCAAGGCGCACCAGCUGUGGCUGUCCGUGGAGGCCCUCAACUACACCCUCCGCACGGCCGGCGCCGACGCGCCCACCGAGCCCCUGGAGUCAGCCGCGGCCGCCGUGCGCGAGAGCUGCUCCGACAACGAGUUCGCCCAGGCGCUGGCGUCGGCUCUCCCCGCCGAGUCGCUGAAGCGCGGUGUCUACAGUGAGGCGUCCCUGCGCGCGCGCUUCAGCGACGUGCGCCACCUGGCCCGCCGCGUGGCCCUCAUCGACGAGACGCGCAACAGCCUGUACCAGUACUUCCUGUCCUACUUGCAGGCCGUGCUGCUCAUGGAGCCCCAGCAGGUGGCGCCCCCUGCCAGCCUGAACGCAGACGACCUGGACACGUUCAAGCUGCUGUCCUACGCCUGCUACAGCAUGGAGCGCGGCGACCUGGAGCUGGCCGCCAAGCUGCUCAACCAGCUGCGGGGCGAGCCGAGGCGCGUGGCCCAGGACUGGCUCAACGAGGCCCGGCUCACGCUGGAGACGCGGCAGGCCGUCAGCCUGCUCUCGGCCUACGCCAACGCUGUCGGCCUGGGAACCACCCAGGCUCCCUGAGCACGCCACGCCGGAAGGCACCAGAGCUAGCCGGGUAGACGGGGAGAGAGUGUCCAACGGGAGACGACGUGAGCUGUAUAUUUUACAAGUGCCGAGACUCUGGCCCCAGGUCGCCACGGGAAACGCCUUGAUGCAUCUGUGCCCCUCCUGCUCUCCUGAGAUUUUUUUUUUUUUUUAUUUAAGAGUCAACGGAACGAUAUCAGUCAGAAGUCCCGAAGCACUUUUUUGUUUGUUUUGUUUUCAUGUUUUCCAACAAAGUGGCAUUAGCCUGCAAAUCUAAAAAAUUGGUAACGUCAUGGCCUACCUAUCACUCGAAACGAGAACAAAGUGUUCUGAAUGUUUAAGUGUACCUCAUAUGCAUAAAUGAAUUUCUCAAGAGUUAGCCAUUGUACGGAGAGAACAAAAGAAAACCACUCCCUCUGUAUAAGAAAGCACCCAUUCACCGAUUAACUUUGGAGUGUGAGCUUAGCAGAUAGAUGGGCCGUCCCUCUCACACGAGCUAGGUUUAACGCGUAUGACUUGACACUAGCUAUGUUCACCGUUUCAAGCCCACAAAUGUAAGGUUGUUGUUCAAUUUGAUGUUCUUUCUGGUCAAGCAACUGGCUAGAUAUUCAGUAAGGAUCCUGAUUGUCCAUGUUUGUCAUGCUACAAUUCUCCUUAGUAAUAUUGGAUACUAAUAAUAAAUCAUGGAUGUUGUGAAAA